UUGUUCAACAAAGCCAGGUAAAAGAAAUGGUUGAUAAAGCUUUUUAAGCCCAAAGAGGGAGAAGUGAAAGUAAAAGGUGAAAGCUUCAUGUGUAUAGAAAUGUUCAAACUACAGAAACAGCUGCUUUCAUUUGUGGGACAGGAAUGAACUUGCCUGUUGAAUACCUGUAUUCUGGUGUCAGUUGUAGGUAGGUGUGGCUGUAAAAAGAGUCAGCGAAGAGACAAAGUUCCCUGGCUUCGGGAGAGCUCUGUAUUAGUUUUAUUUUUAUGUACGUAUAAACCCUGCCUGCAAGAAACACCUGAAACAACAAGACUCUGAAUGUUUUGGCUACUUGUGAAAUCAGAAAAGUUUGACAUGAGUCUGCUAUGAACCAAAGGAGACAUGAAGGGACAGAAAAUACCAUCUCUUCUCCUCUCUUUAUUUCACAUAGGUACUACACUUUGGGAUUUCACAGAACAGGAAACAGUAAUGGGGGUAUUUUCCAAGGAUUGCAUCCUCCCUUGUCCUUUCCCACCUGGGGAUGACAAAGUAAUUUACUGGAAGAAAGGGGACAAAAAUGUACACAGCUACUACUAUCAGAAGGACCAGCUGGAAAGACAAGACCUGGAUUACAGACACAGAACACACCUUUUUCAUGAGAACAUUCCUAGUGGAAACGCAUCUUUGAAACUUAGUAACCUGACCUUGACUGAUGAGGGCCUUUAUAAUUGCUAUGUGGGAACACAGCAAACUAAAACAGAGGUGGAAGUCACGCUGCGUGUAAGAGUUUCCUCUUAUUAUGCACUGGAAUACCAGAAGACAGACAAAGGAAGGAUGCUGAAGUGCUAUGCCUUUCACACUUACCCAGCACCACAUAUAUCUUGGGUGCAAGGCAAUACAUCCAUCCAAGAAACAGAUCAGGAGGAAACCAGGGAUGGAGUUCUCUAUUCACUUAGAAGUGACCAGAACAUUAUAAACACAGCUGAUCCUUACUACUGCCGUAUUCAUCUCCCUCAUGAAGAGUGGGCUGCUGAAUGGAAGAUGCAAGACCCACUGUCUCAUGUGGAAGGAAGCAGCGCUACAAUUCCUUGUGAAUACAGCGAUAACAUUGCAAACACUGAAGGUUUCAGUGUUGUCUGGACAUUAAACAGAAAUGCUGUGAUUUCAGUCCUGGCCUCCUUCAACGGUACAUCUCACUCUUACCAGCCUCGAGUCCAGAUUAACCAAAAUAACUUUUCACUGGUGUUGUAUGAUCUUACUGUAGACGACAGUGGAGAAUAUUUGUGUAAUAUUUCAACACCUCACUAUAUAAAACUUACUGUAAGAACUUUGGAAGUUGGAAAUUCAGGUAACAGGAUAGUUGCACUAGGAGUGAUCCCUGCAGUGGUGCUGGUGGCAGGAGUCUGUUUCUGCAUCUGGUGCAAGGAUUAAUUUUACGCAUCAAGAGUUCUUACAAAUGUUUUUGUUUUGACCAGAAACGCAGAAGAAGAUGAAUCAUGUAUCUUGACACCCUGGAAGAAAAUCCUUCUCUGCACACAUGGAUGCUACUGAGAUUGCUGCUGAAGGCAGCAAAGAGUUCCCUCACCUUCCCUAUUGAGUCACACUAAGAGCCACAUGAGCAACAGUAACAAGCAACUGAACUGACAGAAAAGAAAAAAAAAAAAGUCAAUUGACACUUGUAUUUGAGGAACUUGAGUAUCCUAAACGGACAAUGAAAAACCUUCCACAGAAGAAGAGGGUGUUGGGUUUUUUUCAGUAUGAUGGAAAGAAAGGGCUUGCUGUUUUGCACUUAAUUUAGUAUUUUAAUUUCAAGCAAAGACAACUUCCUUGUUUAAAAGUGGAAAAGAUCUGAGAGAACACCCUAUUUCUGAGCCACAGGCAGUCCUGAUGGGAUGUGUCCCUCCACAGCAUCUCCUAUGUCUCUCCUGCAGCUGGCGAGCAGAAGUCCUCUGGCUGGCAGUAGUGGAAGCUUCUGAACUGACUGUUCGUAUGAAAAAGUUUUUCUGCUCUCCUACAAAACUCGUACAGACUCUGACUAGCAGGACAGAUGGAAGGUGGGUUAUCCCAGCUUGAAGGGCUGUCCCCCUGCAGUUUAAUCUGUGCUGCUUUAGCAAUCUGCACAUAAAAUACAUGAGGCUGUGAGGCAUGACAGGAUUUGCCCUUGGUUUUGAUUUUGUCAGAGAUCUGCCAAUUAGGAUUUGUUCCAACAUAAUGAAGUGGGCUGUUGGCAAGAUGUAAUCUUUUAUUGAUCCCUCAGGCUUGGCAAAGUAGAAACACUAAGAAAUGAAUGGAAUACACUAUACAGGUUCUUUGGAUUUUCACUUGAUGUUUAUUUCUGUAAGUGCUUAUUUUUUUCUACAUCUGCUUUCAGUUCUGCCUGAUUAUAUCAAGCAUCUUCUCAUAUCUGUCAGCUUGGACUGUACUUAUUCCUCUUCAUGAACCUGAAAUGCAAUUGAGAUAGCAUACAACUGUUAAAAAUGGAAACACUGAGGAGGUUUUAGAGUAAGUUCACAAGUAAAUGACAAAAGCCUCUCUUCACUAA